UUUCAGGGCUCGACGAAAGCUCCCGCCUCCCGGGUCUGGGAGAGCGAAGCGAAGUUCCCGGGCCGCGCUCCCUCCCCGCCAGGACGCCCUCCCCGUCCCGGGACCCUAGUUUCCAAGGUGGUCGCGGUGGCGGCAUCCUCAGACCAGGUCGCGGGGGGAGAGGGCGACCUGGAGGCAGUCGGGGUCAGCACAGGCCACCGAAUGCGGGGUCAUGGAGCCCAGGGAAUCGGGGAAGGCUCCUGUGACGUUUGACGACAUCACAGUAUACUUGCUUCAGGAGGAAUGGAUGCUGCUAAGUCAGCAACAGAAGGAGAUCUGUGGUUCUGACAAGCUAGUGGCACCACUGGGAUCAACUAUUGCCAGCCCAGACCUGUUCUAUAAGUUUGAGCAAGGGGUGGAGCCAUGGCUAGGAAAUGUUCAAAGCCAGAGAAAUCUCCUGAACCAUCACCCAGGAAAAAACAAAAUGGGCUACAUGGAAGAUAUAGAUGUGCAAGGUUCAGCCAGAGAAACUGGACUGUACUUGCCACCCCAGAAGAAAGCCUGUCUUUCUCACUUCAGUACAGAAAGUGAAAACAUAGAAGAAGACUGUACAGAAAAAAGCAGAAAGCCUUUAAAACCCCGAUCUAUCCAGAAGUCAUGGUUUGCACAGUUUCCAUGGUUGAUCAUGAAUGAGGAGCAGACAGCUCUAUUUUGUUCUGCUUGCCGCGAAUACUCAUCUGUCAGGGACAAGCGAUCAAGAUUAAUAGAAGGUUAUACAGGACCAUUCAAGGUGGAGACUCUCAAAUAUCAUGCCAAAAGCAAAGCUCACAUGUUCUGUGUCAGUGCCUUGGCUGCAAGGGAUCCCGUCUGGGCAGCCCGUUUCCAGAGCAUCAGAGGGACAUCUGGAGAUGUACUAACCAGCCCGGAACACCUCUUCAAUACAGAUUAUCACAUAUUGUACCCUCCGGGUCCUCUGGGAGACUGUGAUAACACAGCUGAGCUCUUGCCAAGCUCUGGAGCUGAACUGGAGGGUCCUGGGGGGAAUGGAGCAAUUUCUGCAUUAUAUCUAGACUGCAUUUCAGAUUUGAGGCAGAAAGAAAUUGCUGAUGACAUCCACAAUUCCUCAGACAUUAACAUUUUAUUUAAUGACUUUCCUGAUUCCUGCAGUCAGGAUCCUUCUGAAGAGGGGCUGUUUGAGGAGGUUCCUGUGGUGUUUGAGGAGCUCCCUGUGGUGUUUGAGGAUGUGGCGGUAUAUUUCACCCGGGAGGAGUGGGGCAUGCUAGACAAGCGGCAGAAGGAACUGUACAGAGACGUGAUGCGGAUGAAUUAUGAGCUCUUGGCAUCACUGGGGCCUGCUGCUGCCAAACCAGACUUGAUCUCAAAACUGGAACGUAGAGCUGCUCCCUGGAUCAAGGAUCCAAAUGGGCCAAAGUUGGGGAAAGGUCAUCCUCCAGGGAAAAAGAAGAUGGUGGCAGUAACAGGUAUCAACCCACGAGCCUUGGCUGUAGAAUCUGCAUUGUUUCCAGUUCCUUCUGUGGAAACGUGUAACUCCUACUGCAGUUCCAACAUUUGUGAAGUAGAAGUAAAUGGACCGAGGAAAAUCAAGAGGACUUACAGGCCCCGUUCAAUUCAGAGAUCUUGGUUUGGGCAAUUCCCAUGGUUGGUAAUUGACCCAAAAGAGACCAAGCUUUUCUGCUCAGCUUGCAAAGAAAGACCUAAUCUCCAUGACAAAUCAUCCCGCUUGGUCAGAGGUUACACUGGGCCUUUUAAAGUGGAGACUUUAAAAUACCAUGAAGUCAGCAAAGCACACAAACUCUGUGCCAAUACUGUAGAAAUCAAAGAAGACACCCCUCAGACUGCCCUAGUCCCAGAAAUCUCCAGUGAUCUAAUGGCAAACAUGGAGCACUUUUUCAAUGCUGCUUACUCCAUUGCAUACCACUCAAGGCCACUGAAUGACUUUGAGAAGAUCCUACAACUUCUCCAAAGCACUGGAACCAUGAUUUUAGGUAAAUACCGAAAUCGUACUGCAUGUACUCAGUUCAUCAAAUACAUCUCUGAAACUCUGAAGAAAGAAAUCCUCGAUGAUAUCCGAAACUCUCCUUGUGUGAGCAUGUUAUUGGACAGCUCCACAGACUCCUCUGACCAGGCGUGUGUGGGGAUUUAUAUCCGGUACUUUAAAGAGUUGGAGGUGAAAGAGUCUUACAUCACUUUGGCUCCUCUGUACAAUGAGACAGUGGAUGGAUAUUUUGAAACCAUAAUUUCUGCUCUGGAUGAACUGGACAUCCCUUUUCGGAAGCCUGGUUGGGUUGUAGGCUUGGGAACCGAUGGCUCAACUAUGUUAAGCUGUAAAGGAGGCCUUGUGGAAAAGUUCCAGGAGAUCAUCCCUCAGCUGCUGCCAGUCCACUGUGUGGCCCACCAGCUCCAUCUGGCUGUUGUGGAUGCUUGUGGGAGCAUUGACCUGGUGAAGAAGUGUGACCGGCACAUCCGAACUGUCUUCAAGUUUUACCAGUCCUCAAAUAAAAGACUGAAUGAGCUUCAGGAAGGUGCAGCCCCGCUGGAGCAGGAAAUUAUCCGCCUAAAGGACUUGAAUGCUGUCAGGUGGGUGGCCAGUAAGAGGCGGACAUUGAAUGCCCUUAUUGUGAGCUGGCCUGCCCUGGCUAGGCACCUGCAGAGCAUGGCAGAAGCUGGGGGCCAGAUUGGGCACAGGGCCAAAGGCAUGCUGAAGCUAAUGAAGAGCUUCCAUUUCAUCAAGUUCUGCCACUUCCUUUUGGACUUCCUGAACAUCUACAGACCUUUGUCUGAGGUGUGCCAGAAAGAGAUUGUGCUGAUUACAGAGGUGAACUCCACACUGGAACAGGCUUAUAUAGCGCUAGAGACCCUUCUUCACCAGGCAGGGCCCAAAGAGGAAGAAUUCACUGCCAGCUUCAAGGAUGGGCGACUCCAUGGCAUCUUCUUGGACAGAAUAGAGAUGGCUGAACAGCGGUUUCAGGCAGACAGGGAAAAAAUGAUCCUGACUGGGAUCAGAUACCUUCAACAAAGGUUUGAUGCAGACCGUUCCCCUCAGCUCAGGAACAUGGAAGUGUUUGACACCUUGGCCUGGCCAAAUGGGAUUGAACUUGCCACUUUUGGGAAUGAUGAUAUUCUUGCCCUUGCCAGACAUUUUGAACUCUCACUCCCCACAGGAUACAGUGAGGAAGCACUACUGGAGGAGUGGCUGGGCCUGAAAACCAUUGCCAAGAACCUCCCAUUCUCCAUGCUGUGCAAAAAUGCCCUUGCUCAGCACUACCGCUUCCCCUUGCUGAGCAGGCUCAUGGCAGUGGUGGUCUGUGUGCCCAUCUCCACCUCCUGUUGUGAGCGGGGAUUCAAUGCCAUGAACCGGAUCAGGACUGAUGAGAGAACCAAGCUCUCCAAUGAGGUGAUCAACAUGCUCAUGAUGACAGCAGUGAAUGGUGUGGCAGUUACAGAGUAUGACCCACAACCUGCUAUCCAGCACUGGUACCUGACUUCCUCAGGCCGUCGUUUCAGCCAUGUCUACACCUGUGCUCAAGUGCCAACUCGCUCCUGUACAAGUGCUGGGUUCAGGAAUGAGAAGAUGGGCACACUCUAUAUGGAGAAGUCAGUGACCCAGAAGCCAUCCAUUCAGUCCUACAGGGAACCAGUGGAGAUUCUGAAGGACUGCAUCAUUGACCCACCCAACAGAUUCAUGUACCCCCACACCAGCCAGGAGAUCUCCCCAAAACUGUCCUGAAAGAGAGAGCCUCCUGUAGAAAUAGGAAUAUUAGGGAUUACUAGGGAGAUCCCUCAUCCUUCCCUCCUCUCUUGUGGCACAGGCCACUCUGAAGCAGGAAUAUGGUGACAGGCUUUCCGCUAAGAUUCUAGGCAGGGGUAGGGUGGGGGUGGGGGACACUCUCACCAGGAAGUGGACUGUGAAAAGAUGAAGUCCACACUCUAGAGAGGCAAGGUAAUUAGGAGGCACACCUCUUUACCAAGGCCCCUCUCUAAGCAUAGCAGGACCUCAUAGCACUUAAAUAGUUAAGUUCAGAUCUCAAGUUCAUUUUCAAGGUGCUUCAGGAAAUAAUCCCAUCAUGAAAGAGUUCACCCCAUGUUCCCAUGGCAGGAGGACUUCUCUGAAGUGGGAGUUACUGCUGGAGGUGAGGGCUUAAAGGAGCACUCAGCCCCUUGGAUAGCUGGGAAAUGUUCCAGGAGGCUACCCACAGCCUAAGUGGCCUGGGGGAAACUCCACUUUGUUAAGGCGAAGGAUUCCCAGGAUCUAGGGACAGCUGGCCUGGCCGGAAGCGCUUAUAGGAGCCAUUGUUCUGGGACCGCUCGUCCUGGCUCCUGUGGCAAAAGCAGUGGGGCCUUGACUCCCAGGAAGAGACUUGUAUCAAAGAAUUUCUCUACCUCCUCCCAGGGCAUUCCUUUUCAGAAUGAAACAAACAAAAAACCAUUAGAACAGAGAGCUGAAGGAAAGCUAUCCUCUUGCAGCUAUGGGACAGUGGAGGAAAGUGUUUUCCCUGGAAGGGAACACUUGUGUCUGACCUGUGUCAUGCUGAGCCCCAUUUUCCUAAAGAGUGUACCAGACCAAGUUUGGAGUUGGGGACCUUGGGAUCUGGCUCCACUUCUGCUGCAGGCAGUGAUCAUCCAUGAUUAAUCCCUUCCUCUUUUCUCUGCCUCAGUUUCCCUCUCCAUGAAGUGGCAGCAGAGAAUCCAAGUGCCUUGAAAGAAAUACAUCAGGCCUGCACAAUGAGGACUUAGCUGCCUACAGUCCUUCUCUUCAUCCUUAGUUGUACAGUCUCCAGGGCCUGCAGACUCCCUUGGAGAGGUUUCCUAUUUUUGCCUCACAAGAGAACAAGCCGAAGUGCAUUGGGAGUCGAAAGAGUAAGCACUUUCCCUUUGGCCAGAGUUCUGGCUAUUAUCUCCUUCCCUAUCUGUAAUCUUUAUAGCAUCUCUUUGUACAUAUCCUGGUAUUUCUCUCUCCCUUUUCCCUAAUGACUGAUGCCCACUGGGUCUGACAUUCAGAGUAACCAGCAUUAGAAGUGACAGUUUGACUUCAGUAGCCAUAGAAUUAGGAGAUGAGGGUGGGAGCAAGGGAUCUCAGCCCUCUGCCCUAGCGAGAUAGCAGAAAGUGUAACCAUACUCCAGACCUUCUGCUUCUCUCUCUCAGCCCUGCCAUGCAAAGGGUACAUUCCUAGAGUGAUAAGUACUUCUUAGCACAGCGUGAGGAUUGGCCAGAUCCCACUUGCAAAUGUGUCUGUUCAGCCAAGAACAUUACUGGGGAUUAGCCCCAGGCAUGUGCUCUCCUCCUCUUCUUGCAAAUAUGUGCAAAUGAGAUUUAAAAAACAUGUUUGAUUUUUAACCUUUUGCUAUCUGAAUAAAACAGAGUUUAUUUCAACACAUGUCUGUGUUCUUUAAGUUCCAUUAAUAAGAACUAGGAAAUUGGAGAAGCUGCUCAAAGCUAACCGGAUCUUCAGUCUCAAGAGGCAACAGGGCUAAGGUGCAGAGGUGAUCAGAGUAAGUGUGUGUUCACCUUCAGUUUUGUCUUUAGAUUUCUUUCUUUUCUGAUCCUUGAAAGUGAGCUAAAUUGUCUUUGCAGCAGGAGUUAAGAAACAAUAGAGAAAAGAUGUAUACAGUUUAGUGAGAGGUCUUCUAAUUAAGUACUUGAAUGUUUUACUUUUGCUUAGCACUUUAUAGUUUACAAAGUACUUUCAAAUACAUUCUCUCAUUUGAUUUACUGGGAAUUAAACGUCAGACUUCAAAGGAAAAACAUCUCUUUGUGCCAGACCUUUUUUAAGAAUGAAGCCUGACCCCAUCACUAGGACAGAGUUUCUUAAGGAACUGCUCUUAGAAUCACUUUCU